AGCUCCGCUGCAUGAAGUAUUACCUUUUACCGACUACACAGAAAUUUCGAAAGCGAUAACUUAUCUGACGGUACUUCUCGGGGUUCAGCAACUUAGCUGGUGUGAAUGUCGACAAAUCUUCAGGACAAUGCGUCCAAAGAACAACAAGGCAAUUCGUUGUACGCAGCACUCGCCAGAACCGCCACAAGGGGAGUAGCACUUUACUUUUCUCGCCCGGUACGAUUAUUCCGACCAGCCAAAGUGAGCGGUUGGCACUCUCUUCGUGGUCAUGCUAAUAAGCAUGGGGCAUCUUUAAGUGUCCAGUACAUAUCCACGCUCGUGAAAAAGCAAGGUUUCAUGGUGAUUCCAAAACAUUUUGUGCCGCCAAUGGUCGCAAAUGCGAUGUUGGGUACUGUUCUGUGGACGACCUACACAGAAUCAUCUAAUUACCUGGAAGCGCGUCUGGGGACGCACCCAACUUUAAUCGCUGCGCUUUCGGGCGCUGCUGCUGGGGGUACGCAAGCCUUGAUCGCGGCUCCUGUAGAGAAUACCCGUCUUAUUAUUGAGGGUGGCACCGGUAGAGGAUGGUCUCAUGCGUGGCAAGAAGUCUUCCGAGGAACCGAACCCCCAAGAUCAGCCAGUAGAGUGGACAAUAUAAAAGAGAUAAGACAGGUCAGGCAUUGGAUGAAAGAGGUGUCCGAAAUGGCUGGUCGGGGGUGGGAUGGUUGGGGUUGGGGAUGUGCCAAAGAUGUUUGCGGCUUUGCUGCAUUCUUUAUGAUAUUUGAAAUCACUCGUAGAGUGGCAUUAGCUUCCAAAGCUGCAGCGCAAGGCACUAUCCAAAAUUUAUCAACGACCCCAGAGGAACACUUCUUCGGCCGCCAUUUUCCACGUGCCAUUCAUGGCAUUACCUUAGUGGCAGGAGGGGCAUCGGCGGGUUUGGCAUACGAGAUCCUCAGCAGGCCAUGGGACGUAACCAGGCGCACAAUUCAAUCAGAACGAACCGUUGAUCCCACUCUGAAACAUUCACUAUUCGUGAUUGUGCAGAAAAUUCGUGGGGAUGGGAUAAUACAUUUUUUCCGUGAUCCUUCGACUGCGGGCAGCGAAAAGCCGGAGAUGCCUACCGCUCGUCGUCGGAUAUAUUCCGGCGUCCGCACGCUUGCUCGAGUCGGCCCAUGGGGUUUGGGCUUUUUGGUAUGGGAGGCUUUCGGACCGGGUUUGUCCUGACAGACUACGAUCGGCGUGUGGAUAAGAUGUAUCCCAGGUACUUAUCCCAUGCAGACAGGUUAGAAUCGUGCAACGUAACCCCAUUUUCUCACCGUAUUUCUCACAACGAGUGAGUACCUUUCUGGUGAUAAACAACACAGUUUGCCAGCGGCAGAGUAUUCUGCCUACGAUGUUUCUAGCCAAGGGAAGUCCAACUCAAAAGGU